AUGCAAUUCUCAACCUCUUUCCUCGCUUGCUUCGUCAGCUUGGCUCUGUCAUUGUCAGUGUCAGCAGCGCCCACACCCAUUGAUUUGGCGGCGGACAUACAAGCUAGAGCUGCUCCCAACCCAAACCCAUCCCGCCGCGCUCCAGAGAUCGCACUCCCUGUAGUACACCCAGGGACAUUCGUGGAGACCGUCUCCCGUGAAGCUCUUCCAGAGCCUGAGCCCGUCGCUGAGCCACAGCCGGAGCCGUGGUGCCGAUACGGCUGCAUCUAA